AUGCUGCGCUUCCUGAAUCUAAGUGGCCUAUUAAUUAUUUUGCUAAAAGAAUCAAUUCUAUCAGAUCAAUUUGUAUUAUUUGGCAAAAACCUGGAUGAAUGGCAGUUGAAGGACAAUCAGUUGCUACGUUCAUAUCAAAGCAUUGAACAACAAGGAAAUAUUUAUGAGCAUCCUUUAUGUCAACGGAAUUGUACUGAACUGAAUCCGGAAACAGUGCUUCAGAAUUGUCCAGCAUUACAACGUGGUCUUACCUGUGGCAAAUAUAAGGUAUAUCAUUAUCACCGCCGAUGUUUAACUGCAACAGUUUAUUGUCAACGAAAUAUGACAAACAUUAAAGAAGUUGCAGUGUAUGUAGCUGUUACUGGCACCGAUUUGAAUGCUAACAAAACCGGCUUAUUUGUGCUGCCAUAUAUUGAUAAAAAUGAAAUUUCUGUGCCACAAAUAAUUGUUGAAAAAGCUCAUCAUGGAAAUGGUAAUAUGGGUGAGCUUGUUUGUGAUUCAAGCGGCACUUGGAUCUUACAUGAUAUAAAUUAUCGAUACAUGGUGCAACAUUUAUUUUGUUUGGUUGUGGAAGCAAGAAAUUUGAAUUAUUUGUUGGAUAUACGUCGUCCCAAAUUUGAUAGAGUAACCCCAUCGGUACCAUAUCAACGCGGUGAUACCAAAUUUUUUGAACAAUCAUAA